CUUUUGUCGCUCUUUAUUUUUUUUUCGAAACUUGAAACGCUUCCUCGAGGAUCUUUUCUUCUCUUCCACACACACACACACACACUCCUUUGCAUAUCGAUUUUCCAAGAUGUCGCGGAAAAUCCUCAGCAUAGGCCUGCUCUCGUUCCUGGCCUUCUCGCCCUCAAUCGUUUCGGCUCUUCAACAUGACUGCUACAGCAACAUUGGCGACUUGAAACAAGUCAUGACCUCUACAUAUCAAUCGACCGGCAUGUGUGAAACCUUCUGCAACAGAUCAGACUACAGCGUGUACGGCUUGAAAGGCGACCGGUGCUGGUGUGGUGACAAACUACCUCCACUCAGCGCGAAGGUCUCUACGAAGGAAUGCAAUACGGCAUGCCCAGGAUAUCCCAGCGACAAGUGCGGAGGCGAUGGCGUCUGGACCAUCAUAAGCGACUCAUCCACCCACCCCGAACACUCCGAAGCGCAAUCGUCUUCAUCCGAACCCAAGUCCUCGACCAAGAACUACCCGAUGGGCACCUUGAGCGUCAACCCGACCGUCGUGCAAACCGGCGCCGCCUCCCAGACCAGCAUCCCCAGCAACAUCCUGACCGCGCCAACCAUGGAUCCCAAGAACGAGAUGGCCGAGGCGUCCGCGCUCGCGGCGACGCAGGCAUCGUCGUCGUCGUCUUCGUCCGCUUCGUCUAGCGCCGACCCCGAGAGUUCGUCUAACGUGGCUGUUGUUCCCGCUAGCCCGGCUUCUGUUGGGUCGCUUGUGGGGGCCAUCCUGCUACCAUUGGUGCUGGGGUCUGCCUUUUAAUUUAAUUGGGGAUCCUCUUUGGCCCGGUAGUUGGGUUUUUUUAUUUUUUUUUAUU